UAAUUUUAAUUAAAUAAAAAAAUUACUUAUAUAUAUUAUAAAUACAGAUAAUUACGAUAGAUUAAUUAGAAAAUCUAAAUAUUUUUUUUUUAAGUUAACAAUGACUUACAUUAAGUUACCCGUAUGUUCUACUACAACAUUACGACACCUGUGGUCACGUGUUCCUCCCGCUGCCUGCUGCUGCUGGCUGAGUACAGCCGGGUCACGUGAUGCCGUCUCGUUCCCUCCGGCUGUAGCGGCGGCAGCGUUAAUGAGGUUGUAACUGCCGCCGGUGUUUGAGGAACGGAGAAGAGGAGUAACUCCUGCUGCAGCAGGUGGGCACCAUGAACUACGUGGGGCAGCUGGCGGGGCAGGUGCUGGUGACAAUGAAGGAGCUGUACAAGGGCAUCAAUCAGGCCACGCUGUCAGGAUGCAUCGACGUGAUCGUGGUGCGACAGGCCGACGGAACCUUCCAGUGUUCGCCGUUUCACGUCCGCUUUGGGAAACUGGGCGUGCUGCACUCCAGGGAGAAAGUGAUCGACAUAGAAAUCAACGGGGAGCCUGUGGAGCUGCAGAUGAAACUCGGGGACAACGGAGAGGCCUUUUUUGUUCGAGAGACGGAGGAGCUCAACGAGUUCAUCCCAGCCCACCUGGUCACCUCGCCCAUCCCCACAGAGGAGGCCCCGUUCAGGAGCCCAGACCACAGCCCGACGGCGAGUCCAGGCGACCAGAGCUGCCAGAACUCGGCUCUGAAGAAGAAGAAACGGCGCAGGAGGAAGCACCGAGCGGAGCCGCACAAGGAGGAGCAGCCCAGCACCACUGCAGGCAGUGAGCAGGAGCAGGAGCAGGAGCUCAGUUCAGACGAGGAGCAAAGGGCGUCCACCGUGAGCAGCAGACAACUCUCUCCCCUCGGUGACUUUGAGUGGGACAGCUAUCCUUUCUCUGACAGUGACUGGUCUCCCUGUUCUCUUGACGUGGCUGAACCUACGGCGCCCCAGAGCGACUCGGAGCUGUUGGUGAAGCCAGCUGGACGUACGCUCAGGGCAGAGUCUUACAUGCAGUGGACGUGGGGGGAGUUCCCAGAAUCCACCAGGGUCAUCAAGAAGGACAGAACAGAACCCAGAGUGUUGUCCAUCACUCCAUCUGAGAGCACACAUUUCCGGGUCAUUCUGAGCUCGGAGGUGAUGGAAGAAGAGUCAAAGGACGGAGAUAAGACCACGGACUCCACCUGCAGUAUAGUCAGACCGGAGCCUCGACCCUACAAACCCACCGCCUGCUGCCGUGAACCCCAACCUCCCGCAGCGUCGUCACAGACCAACGCUAAACCAGAGCGGAAGCCACGGUGGACGUCCUCACCUCCCAGCCGCAGGGACAGCGGCUCUGCUGCCAGAGGCGUGGACGCAGUUGGAGACAGAGAGAGGAAGGGCUCCACAAAGAGGAACCAACAUCUGGGACCGACAGACAUUUAUCUGGACGAUCUGAACUCACUGGAUCCUGAUGUGGCCGCUCUCUACUUUCCAAAAAGCGAGUCUGAGCCGGUUCCCAAACACUGGGUGGAGGUCCGACAGAAGGGACAGCGCUCCGGCUCCCAGUCCCCACAGUCAGUGGGCAGUGCUGCAGCAGACAGUGGCACCGAGUGUCUGUCCGACUCUUCAGGCGAUCUCCCAGAAGUCACUCUGUCACUGUGUGGAGGUCUGAACGAGGCCUCGGAGAUCUCCAAAGAGAAGUUCAUGGAACACAUCGUCACCUUCCACGAGUUCGCUGAGAAUCCUGGGAUCAUCGAGAACCCCAACCUGGUGGUGCGGAUUUCAAACAGGUAUUACAACUGGACGCUGGCUGCACCGGUCAUACUGAGCAUGCAGGCUUUUCAGAAGAAGUUACCAAAGGCUACGAUGGAGUCCUGGGCCAAAGAGAAGAUGCCAAAGAAGUCUGGACGUUGGUGGUUCUGGAGGAAGAGCAGCGUGACACAGUCAUCAACAGAGGCCAAGUCAGAGAGACAUCAGUCCCUGUGCGGCGCUGAGGCGAGCCCCGCCCUUCAGCUGGCCCCAGAAUCACAACAGAAAUCUCCAGAGUGUUCCAGUGACGAGGAGCUAAUGAUGAAAAAGCGUGACGUCGACGUCGCUCUGACGUCUACACAGACCUCACAGACUGACGAGGUGUCGAAAACCUCUCGUCUCUCCUACAAGAAGUCCCUGCGUCUGUCCUCUGACCAGAUAGCCAAACUGAAGCUGCGAGACGGAGCCAACGACGUCACCUUCAGUAUCACCACCCAGUACCAGGGGACGUGUCGCUGCCAAGGCACCAUCUACCUGUGGAGCUGGGAGGACAAGGUGAUCAUCUCCGACAUCGACGGCACCAUCACCAAGUCAGACGUGUUCGGUCACAUCCUGCCUCACCUGGGUAAGGCCUGGACUCACCCGGGCAUCGCCAAGCUCUACCACUCGGUGCACCAGAACGGAUACAAGUUCCUCUACUGCUCCGCCCGAGCCAUCGGCAUGGCAGCCAUGACGCGGGGGUAUCUGCAGUGGGUGCAGGACGGGGGGACGCUCCUGCCUCGAGGACCCCUGCUGCUGUCCCCCAGCAGCCUCUUCUCUGCCUUCCACAGAGAAGUCAUAGAGAAGAAACCAGAGAAGUUCAAGAUGGAGUGUCUCACCGACAUCAAGAACCUCUUCCUCCCAAACGCCGCUCCCUUCUACGCCGCCUUUGGCAACAGGCCGAGUGACGUCUCCGCCUACAAGCACGUGGGCGUGCCCGAGUGUCGGAUCUUCACGGUGAAUCCUAAAGGGGAGUUGAUGCUGGAGCAGGCCCGAGUCAACAAGACCUCCUACAGCCGACUGAGUGAGCUGGUGGAGCACGUUUUUCCGCUGCGGAACUCGCAGCACAGCGCCACCUUCAGCUGCCCAGAGUUCAGCUCCUUCUGCUACUGGAGACAGCCAAUCGCUGAGGUCUGCUGUGACGAGGUGCUCUGAAGUUAUCACAACCAGGAUCACCAAGGUUUUUAGAUUUGUAUAUAUGUAUGUAUAUGUAUUAACAUAUAUUUAUAUGUAUGUUUAUACACAGACACAGACUGAAGGAAAACAGCUGUAUAUAAACAUAUAUACAGCUGUUUUCUCCUGUGUUGUUUCAAAGACCCCAGUUUUGGACAAGUCUGCAAAGGAAUGUUUAAUAUAAUUAAUAUAUUGUAACUUGUUAAAGUGUAAACGCUGUUAGCGUAGCAUCCUGAACAUUUCAUCAUCGUUCAGGACGUUCUCCUUUGUUCCAAUGAUUAAAAACAUUGGAGAUUUCUUUUUUAAAUUUUGUUCUAAUUGUCCUCGCCAUCAGUGACAUCAUCACUGUCCUGAGCAGACUUGACCAAUCACAUUUAUGUGUAUUUGUGGACUUUGACCUCUGACCUGGUCAAGUCCAUGUGUGUUUUUAUACUGCUCUGUGGUGACCUCAGUUUGGAACAGCCUAAAUCACUGUUGACUAAUGUUGACCGUAAACAUUUCAACGGUUUCUAAGAGACUGCAUGGAUAUUUGAGCGUUUUCCCAAAUGAGAUUUAGAGAAAAAAAAAAAAAACUUUCUUCUUUCCGUGAAAGAGUUAAAACUCUCACACUCCCAUCUGCUGCUGCAGUGUUGGCUGUUUCUGACUGUUGUCAUUACGGUGUAGUCGAGCUCCUGACGUUAUGACUGAAGAAUCUCAGCACAAAUUAAUUCAACAAUUCAAUUCUAAUUUGGUCAAGUUUUUACUUCCACACUUUCAGUCUGUAGUGUAGACUGCACACUUCAGGAGUACCCCCCCCCCCCCCCCCCCC